GGGAGCGAUUAUAUUCCAGCCCUGGUCACCACAUACACGGAGAGCAGGAGCGGGGCGCGCACGGCUGGCGGCGGCGGCGGGAUGAGCGCGGCGUGAGGCACCGGCGGCGGCGGGAGAGCAGCCCCGCGCCCGCCGCCCCCGCUCCCCGAUGAGCUCCUACUUUGUCAACCCGCUGUACUCCAAGUACAAGGCGGCGGCGGCGGCUGCGGCUGCGGCGGCGGCGGCGGCGGCGGGGGAGCCCCUCCAUCCCCCGUACUACGACUGUCACUUCGCGCCCGAGGUGAGCGGCCGCCACGCCGCCGCCCUGCUCUACGGGAACGGCGCGGCCGCCGCCGGGUUCCCGCACGCCGGCGGGGCGGGGGGCGGCGGCGCGGCAGCGGACUUUUACCACCCGGCCGGGGGGAGCCCCGCGGCCGCCUACCAGCCGCCUCCUCCUCCCCCCGCCGCGCCUCCGCCUCCUGCCCCCUGCAGCGGGGUUACCUGUCACGGGGAGCCCGCUAAAUUUUACGGAUACGAUAACUUACAGAGACAGCAGAUUUUUACGACACAGCAAGAGGCCGAGCUGGUACAAUAUCCUGACUGUAAAUCGUCCAGUGCUAAUAUUGGCGAGGAACCAGACCACUUAAAUCAGAGGUCGUCUCCUGCUCAAAUGUUUCCCUGGAUGAGACCACAAGCAGCGCCGGGUAGGAGGAGAGGAAGACAAACAUACAGCCGAUUCCAGACUCUAGAGCUGGAAAAGGAGUUCCUCUUUAACCCCUAUCUGACCAGGAAGAGGAGGAUCGAAGUGUCCCACGCACUAGGACUCACCGAGAGGCAGGUAAAGAUCUGGUUUCAGAACAGAAGGAUGAAAUGGAAAAAAGAGAACAACAAGGACAAAUUCCCCGCUUCCAGACAGGAGGGAAAGGAAGGGGAGGCCAAAAAGGAAGCACAUGAUCUGGAAGAAGACGGAGCUGAAGGCCAGACAAAUUAAAUUUUGCCCUAAAAGUCUUUGUGAAUGUCUAUUAAAAAAAAAAAAAAAAAAAAAGAAACCAGGAAACAAACAAUAACAACAAAUACCCAGAGCCAUAGCCUGACACCUAGGGCCGUCUCCUCCUCUACGUGGUCCUGCCGUGGGACAAGUGACCCCCUGUCCGUCCGCUUGACAUUUCUCUGCUUCUGGUGCUUAAUUUGUUUGUGGUUUCAUUUUGUUUUGUUUUGGUUUUAACCAUAUCCAGAACACUCUCUAGAUUUAACAGUUCAUCUGCUUCUUUCGGAGAUUCGAUGCAGAGUUUGUAGCAGUACGUUUCUAAUGAUAUAUAUAAAAAUGCAUAUUUUUUUCAAUCUUAAAAGACGGUGAUUGUGGGAAACGGCGUAAACUUCCUAAUAAUAAAUACCAAUAAGCAAGACAUUUAACAGUGCUUUAUUAAUCAAGACAAGUGCACUUGUACUGUUUUAAUUCUUGUUCUUAUCUAAUGUUGAAUAAAUUAAAUAAAUUUAAUAAUUUUGAAUAAAAGAUCUUAGAAAUAUA